GAAAGAAUUGCCUUCAAUAACCAUCCUGCCACUUGCCUGCUCUAAACUCUACACACCAUAUGCAAUGUAUGCCUAGCGAAACCGGAACAUGUGCUCCCCCUGACUCUACUCUACGUAAGGGCAAGUCCCGAUUUAAAUCCAAACUCAAACUUCACAUUUUCUCUUUAGGAGCAAGGCUGCUCGCAUUGUAUAUCCCGUCUUCCCACUUUAAUUUUCCGUAUUGUUUUCAUUUUGGCAUGGAAUCAUCGGCAUGUUACCAAUCGCGGUGCAAAAUGCCACCAAGACCUUCCGGUUGACCACCUGCACUCGAGCUUCUCUAGUCCCGGCUGGAGCGUUUGCAUUGACGCCACAAGCUGCCUCAAGCCUUGUCAACAAUAAUUGUGGAAAUUUCGGUAUACCAAGUAGACGGUGGACACAUUCAGCAAAAUGGAGGCCCGUACAGGUCCUGGAUGAAUGGGUAGUUAAAGAAGCUCGACCGAUCAGCUUGCGACAAUUAAUGGUCUUUGGCCGGUCGCUAACCGAGUCGCGGUUGAUCAGCUCUGCGAACUAUGUCCGGACCGAGCUGCCUACAAGGAUCGCCCAUAGAAUUCGCGACAUGCAACGCCUUCCCUAUGUAGUCGUAACGAACCCGCACAUUAGCGAUGUGUACGAACUCUACUAUACAGCCUUCGACUCGUUCCGGCGCAUUAAGGAGAUCAAGACGCUCGAGGACAACGAACACCUGUGUAAGGAAAUAGCUAAGAUGCUUCGCGCCCACUUAACUGUGAUUCCGAAGCUAGCUAUGGGUAUACUUGAAUGUAGCGGGUUGAUGCCCGCCACCGAGCUCGAUCGAUUUAUGAAUACUAUCUUACGCUCUCGUAUAUCCCGUAGAGUCAUCGCAGAGCAACAUCUAGCCCUAACAGAGACCUACAACGCGGCCUGGUUUUCUCCCGGAGCUAAGCUUUCUGAGUCUGAAUUCAUCGGCGAGGUAUUCAUCAAGUGCAUAGCUAAGGACGUGAUCAAUCACUGCGCCAAAGCCGUACAGGAACUCGCCCGCUCCGACAACGGCCCGAACACCAAAAUCCCUGAGAUCAAAGUCAACGGUCACCUCGACGCAUCCUUCCCCUAUAUACUCAGCCAUCUUGAGUACAUAAUCGGUGAACUCCUGCGCAACUCCGUCGAAGCCGUCAUCGAAAAGCACCAGCAAAGCCGAAACCCGGCCUCGCAACCCCCUCCCAUCGAAGUUACCGUCUGCGAAGCCCAGCAACACGUUAUCAUCCGGAUCUCCGACCAAGGCGGCGGCAUCCCACGUGAUACCCUCCCGUACCUAUGGUCCUUCGGCAAAGGCCCCUUGAAAAACCAGCGCCUCGAGAACCUCGGCCAGGUGCCGCUCAUGGCUGCCACGUUGCAGGAGCUCAAGGUGAACGACGGCAAGCUAGCCGUGCUUCAGAGCAACGAGCACACGAACCUGCACGACAGCUCUCUACACUCGUUAUCCACGCGCCCGCCUAACCUUCGUCUCGGCAUGGGGUUGCCGCUGAGUCGGGUAUACGCCGAGUACUGGGCGGGAAGCUUAGAAUUGCACAGCUUGGAAGGAUAUGGCGUGGAUGCCUUUCUACAGAUUUCGAAACUUGGAAACAAGAACGAGCAGCUGACUACUAGAGCAGCGAUGGAUGCUGUCUAGACGCACGCAUAGUCGCAUAAUACCAGUUGGUCUAUUAUACGUGGGGUUAGAUAAUUGCGUACACGAAUAGGAUUACAUAGGUACCU